AUGAGAGGUAUGACUGCUGCAGCUGCCGCCCAAAAGAGCAGCUCCAGCAGCAGCAGCAGCAGCAACAGCAGCAACAGCAGCAGCAGCAGCAACAAUCUGGUUUCCCUGCUGUUACCGUUUGCUGCAGGGUCAAACAACAAUGGCAAAGCCGGAGAGGACACCCACCCUGGCAACAGCAGCAUUAAGCAGCAGCAGCAGCAGCAGCGGCAGCACAGGCAGCAGAAUCGGCAGCAGAGGCAGCAGCAGCAGCGUGCUCAGCAGCAGCAGCAGCAACAGCAGCACCACUACUACAAAGGAAGGUAA